AGACUUCGCGGCACUUGCGUAACCUCAGCUCUGUUCUCCAACGCCGAUUGGCCGCCUCCAGACCACGUGGGCACGAGGGCGUGGCCUCGCCCAGCUGCGAGUGGAAAACAGAGAUCAGAGAUGGCAGCUUUUGCGGGUAAAGUGGUGCUCAUCACAGGAGCCAGUUCGGGCAUCGGAGCGGCCACGGCCGUGCACCUGGCGCGGCUGGGGGCCUCCCUGUCGCUCACGGGCCGCAACAUCGACAACCUCGAGAAGGUGGGCCGGCAGUGCGAGGAGUCGAGCAAGCAAAAACCUCUGCUCUUGAAAGGUGACAUAACAAAUGAAGUUGAUACGAAGAACAUUGUGGAUACGACUCUGGGUCACUUUGGCCGUCUGGACGUCUUGGUCAAUAACGCAGGAAUUCUCGAAAUGGGCACAAUCGAGACAACCAGCUUGGAGCAGUACGACAGGGUGUUCAACACCAACGUGCGCUCCAUUUACCACCUGACGCAACUGGCCGUCCCUCACCUCAUCAAAAGCCAGGGCAACAUCGUCAACGUCUCGAGUGUCAACGGCAUCCGCUCGUUCCCAGGGGUGUUGGCGUACAACAUGUCCAAGACGGCCGUCGAUCAGUUCACUCGCUGCGUCGCACUCGAGCUGGCGCCGAAGAAAGUCAGAGUCAAUAGUGUCAACCCGGGAGUGACUCUCACCGAGUUGCAGAAGAGAGGUGGAUUGGACGAGGAAAGCUACCAAAAGUUUCUGGAAAGGUCAAAAGAAACUCAUGCCCUUGGACGUGCCGGCAACCCAGAUGAAGUUGCCAAUGCCAUUGCCUUCCUUGCCUCGGAUGCAUCAAGCUUCAUCACUGGAGUUAAUUUGCCAGUUGACGGAGGUCGCCACGCCAUGUGCCCCCGUUGAUAUGAUCAAAGUGCCAUUCAAUAACCCAAUCUGCAUGUUAACAAAAAUACACCUGUGCUUUUCUUUUUGCAUUAUAAUGUGAAUACAGUUUUGUCAAAGAGCUCAAUGUGAUUGCAAUAAAAACUAUUUUUCAUGAGUCAAACAAA